GUCCGCAGUGGUGGCUGUGGGCAGCUAGCAGCCGGCGCUGGUCGCAGAAGACACCGCGCAGUCCUCUCCUCCAGCAUGCCAGACCUCCUGGACAGCGGGCUCUUCCCGCUACCCUCCAACUUCUCCAGGCGGCAGUGGCUCACGCUCAUCGUCAUCGGCAUCGCAGACUUCUGCAACGCCAUUUGCGUCUCGCUCCAGGCUCCCUUCUACCCGCACGAGGCAGAAAAGAAAGGAGCAACUGCUACGGAGUAUGGACUGGUGUUUGGUGUCUUCGAGUUGGUGGUUUUCAUUGUCAGUCCACUGUAUGGAAAACAUCUCAACAGGAUAGGACCAAAGUAUAUGUUCAAUGGUGGAAUUUUUACCACAGGCACAUGUGCUAUAUUAUUUGGCCUGCUGGACAAAGUCAACGGACACUAUCCAUUCAUUGUGCUGUCAUUUCUGAUUAGAAUAAUUGAAGCACUUGGAAAUGCUGCUUUUUUGACAGCAAGUUUUGCUAUAAUUGCCAAAGAAUUUCCAAACAAUGUUGCUACAACAUUUGCUUCACUGGAAACAUUCUUUGGUCUCGGUCUCAUUGUUGGACCAACUGUGGGAGGAGCUCUUUACCAGCUUGGAGGUUAUACAACUCCAUUUGCUGUGUUGGGAUCUGCUCUAUUCAUGUCAGCAGUGAUGACAGCAUUUGUACUACCAGGACACUCAGAUUCCCCUGUUGACGACAAACAUGAAGGUGGCCUGUUCCAAGUCUUGAAGAUACCAGGAGUUAUGCUUGCAGCUUCAAGCAUUGUUGUCACAUCAAUGAGCAUUGGCUUCUUACAAGCUACAUUGGAACCACAUCUCAGAAAUUUCAACCUCUCCCCUGUGAUUCUGGGGCUCAUGUUUGUCAUCAAUGGUGGUACGUAUGCACUAACUGCUCCUUGCUGGGGUUGGAUGUGUGAUCGUUUCCUGAUGCCUAAGAUUGCCACCAUCAUUGGAUGCCUUAUGAUAAUGGUUGGCUUCAGCAUGAUUGGCCCUGCUCCUUUCAUUCCAUGUGACACAAUUCUAUGGUUAUCAAUUCUGGGGCUUGUGUGUCAUGGCCUUGGGAUAGCUGCGCAACUGGUGGCAUCAUUCACAGAUGCUCUUAGAACAGCAAUAGCAUAUGGCUUUCCUAACAAUCUGGAAACUUAUGGAUUGAUAUCUGGAUUGUGGACUUCAACAUUUGCACUAGGAGCUUUUAUUGGUCCAUCUGCUGCUGGUAUUCUAUAUGACAGAGUAGGAUUUAAAAAUGCAACAAUGUUCAUUGUUGGACUUAAUCUUCUUGUAGGUAUUGUCGUACUGAUCUUUAUUUGCUUCACACGAAGAAGAUCACCCUACAAGGAAAUAACACCAACAGAUGAUCUGAAGAUGUACUCCAGUGCAGAGACAGGGUCAAACAUCAUCAGUAAUGGAACUGUUGUCAGAAACAAAGCAGUUGCUAUUGAACGACCACCGGGAAUGAAUGGCAUUAUUGCAUGUAACAGUUACAAAAAUAGGCAUGGAACCUGGCAUAUGAAAGACAGUGGUGCUGUUCUGAUAGGCCCUUACAGUUCAAGUUUUGGUGGGUCAGAAUCAAGAAAUCUUAUAGGGGGCAGACAUUGAACAUUUCUGCUGAAAAAUUAAAUUCUGAAGAAAAAAGUUUUGCCUACAGUGUUAAAUUUUACACCUGUAAAAUAACACCUAUCAGUAUUCUCAAAACAUCCUUAAUGUCUAGUUAUAACUGUAAAGAAGAGUGUUUACAGUAAUAUGAUGGUAGCAGCAGUAAAUAGUAUGCUUGAUGAAAGAGAACAACAAAUGUGUACCUAUCUGUAUGUUCUGUCAUCUGAAAAAGCAAGUAAAAUGCUGAGGAUGCUGCUAUGUAAUGCCCACAGCUGUUAAAUAACAUUAGGUCAAGCUCUACCCAUAAACAGAUACCUCUAUGCAUUGUCAUUGUAGACUGACUGACAAUUCAGCAGGCCAUUUUGUGUCUAACAUUUUAUUUAUUAAACUUUCUUAAACAUGACCACAAGUUAAAUAAAACUAGUUCAUACAUGUUCCUCACUUUUAGAAUAAUUUUUGUGUGUGUCAUUCUUAUUUAGCAAUCUGUAACUGCACAAAUGAGAAUGUUGUAUUUUGUAUAUAUUGAUUACAUUAGUGUGGAUGGAGCAAAUAAUUGUACAUACUGAUUAAGAAUGAGUGUGAUAACUUCUGAUCUGCAUUUUUGAAAAAUAAUUUUGUAGUCCAUUACUAAAUAAGAAUGGGAGACACACCAAAGUGAAAAUGUAAAGAAUAAAAACAAUGUGCGAC